AUGGUCCCCAGUAGCCUAACCUGCCAGCCACAUGGGGCACAAAGCCAGGACAGCCUGAGGGUGCAAUGCGCCCAAGUCAUAGCUCAGUCCCAGUCAAAGCUACAGCACAUGUGCCUGCCAUCGACGGAACUAAUGCGGAAAGUCUGGAAACUGGACGGCCCCGCCCCAACCCGACCAUGCGGUUGCGGGGUGAAGUUGAUGCUCGGGGUCGCCCCACUGAAUAGGAAGGUAACCCCCAACACCCACACCACGGGAGCAGUUAUAUCGCGAGCAGAUGCGCAGGUCGGGUGGGGGGUGGAAGCAGAGGAUCUUGCUCAGCGGACGGAGCCGGCGGGCGGGAUCCAACACGUGGGACCGCCGAAUUCUUACUCCGGGGUCCCGGCGGUCGGCAACGGAAAGCGGUCGGAGGACCGCUUUCCAGCGGCCACAAACAGACGAAAAGUGAAGGGGGCAAAGCCACCCAGAAAAGGUAGAGGGAGGGAAGGAAAGAGGAAACCCCCCCAAACCCGAGAAAAAAAACGAUCCCCAGACAGGGGGGCCCAAAGCAGGAAAAUGCAGAAAAGUCAUAAGAGAAAAUACAUCCCUACAGCAAAAAAGUAG